AUGCCUAACCAGGUACUAAUAAUAGAGCCUCAAAAUGAGCUGAAGUUUAAAGUUAAUCUUUCAGGGCUUUUUGACCAAGGCCAUACAACUCACAUGAAGCUCACUAAUCCAACAAGUAAUACUGUUUUAUUCAAAAUAAAAACAACUGCACCAAAAAAGUAUUAUGUCCGACCAAACUCUGGUGUUCUCGAGCCCAACGAUAAAGUGGAUAUUGCAAUCACUCCACAACAUUUCUAUGUAGAUCCUAAUGAGACCCAUAAACAUAAAUUCAUGGUGCAGAGUGUUAUUGCUCCUGAUAAUAAAACCAACAUUGAUCAAGUAUGGAAGGAGACACUUCCCAACCAGCUCAUGGAUUACAAAUUACGUUGUGUGUUUGUGUCCCCACGGGAAGGCAAUACAAAUGAUGCGGGUGAUACUGCAGCCCAGAAUGAAGUUACUAAAAAACUGGUGGCUGUAGCUGAAGAGGGCAAACCCCCAGCACCGAAAUCUGUGUCUAAGGAAGAGUUAGUCAGUGUUUCGAAAUCUAUGAAAGCAAUUGUCAUGGAGGAGGUAGCAGAUGAUUCUAAUAGCAUUACGGCUUUCUCGAAGUCCGAAAACGUUGAGAAUGAUAUGCAAAAAGUAACAAGCGAAGUAAUUCAUCUUAGAGAGGAAGAGAGUAAACUACGCCACGAAAACUUGCGACUAAAAGAGGAGCUUCUGCGUUUGCAUCAACAAGUAGGAGGCGAGCACACGGCUCAACGUGGCCACUCAUACAGCCCUGAUAGGAAGGAACAGCUCUCUGUACCAUGGUUAGGUAUCACCCUGGCUAUGGCUCUUUUGGGAAUCAUCAUUGGCAAGUUUUUCAUGUGA